AUGCUAUUUGCAGUACCUGCAAGAACCGCCACCUCAGCCUCAAUCCUGCUGCAUUGCGUGGCGGAUGAGCUUCCGGGUGGUGCUUGGGAGGAUGUGGCUACUCAGCGCCCAAGCAGUGCAACAUCAAGCUCCAUCCACCGAAAAGACGUGCCUGCGUCGCUGCGACCUGGUGGAGGUGCGGAAGUGGGCUUCGGCUCGCCGGAUGACGAGGACAGCGUGUGGAACGAGGCUCGAAACCAGCCGCCCACCCUGAAUCUGCCUGAUCAGGUUCCUGAUGCUCUCCGACCGGGCGCACAAAGGGCUGAGACGAAUCCAUUUCUGAGAAAACAGCUCCCUUCCGACACAAACCUCCAGGCUCUACCAACCACGCUGCAGCCGCCAACUGCCUCGCUGUCCAACCUGAGCCUCGAAGAGGCAAGCAUUCAGAAUCCAUGGCAGCCGCCCAUUGGUGCGCAGACUCCCCUGAAUGGAGCUGAGUUACCCAUUGCAGUAUCACCCGGUGGCUCAGAGCUUGAUCCCUGGGCUCGUUCUACGCCAGAGCCGCCCGCAAAAGAGCCCAUCUCCCCCAAAUCCGCCGAUCUAAUCUCCUUGCACUCCAAAGGUUCAGCUUGGGAUGAUGAUUAUCCCAGUGAGCAUGGCAAUCAAUCGUCCCCACCACAGAACGCCGCAAUGCCAGAUGACCUCGUACGUGAGCAGCAUGUCUGGGACGACUUGGGCUCUCUGGAUGCGGCCAAGGGCAAGGGCAAGGCAUCCGACAUCUCUGCAGCACAAGCGGCCCAAUUGGACGAUUGGAGUCUGAUAGACUCAGAGCCCUCGACAAAUUCGCCGCCAAGACAACCCCAGGAAGACUCAUCGACAGAUGCGCUGGACGAUAAGCCAGCCUUGCCACCCCGGCUUUCGGGAAGCCGCGUGAGGUGGACACCGUCCCGUCCGCCAGUUGACGGCAAAGCCGAGACAUACCAGGUGAAGAACAUCCGGUGGCAUGAUCCCAGCUCAUCCAACAACCCCCGCGUAUCCCCCAUCUUGAUUCAGAAUGAGAACGGGCCCUGUCCACUGGUCGCACUGGUCAACGCACUUACCAUGACGACACCUGACAACAUUGGCGAGACGGCGUUGGUGCAAGUGCUGCGCUCACGAGAGCAGGUCAGCUUGAGCCUGCUGCUGGAUGCUGUUUUUGAUGAGCUCAUGUCUCCGCGAAGAACGUCGUCAGAGGACUCCCUGCCGGAUGUCUCAGAGCUCUACUCAUUCCUACAGAGCCUCCACACCGGCAUGAAUGUCAACCCGCGAUUCAUACCCACUCCGGAGGUGAUUGCCGCAUACGAACAUACUUCUCUCACGGAGCUUCACCCGCUCGAACGGCGAAAGUACAUUCCCGGAACUUUUGAAAAUACGGCUGAGAUGGCUCUCUAUGCCACCUUUUCCAUCCCUCUCAUCCAUGGGUGGUUGCCGCCUCAUGAUGAUGCCGUCUGCGCUUCCAUGGAAAGGCACGCUGCCUCUUACGAAGACGUACAGAAUCUACUAUUCCGCGAGGAGGAGCUGGAAGACAAAUUGGCCACAUCUGAGGAGGGCCUGACGGAAUCGGAACAGGAUUUAUACCAGGACAUCAUUACCAUCAAGAUAUUCCUGAACGAGUCAGCUACUCAACUGACGCCCUGGGGAAUCGAAGUCAUUGAAAAGGCAAUACGGCCGGGCACAUUUGCCAUUCUUUUCCGCAACGACCACUUUUCAACGUUGUAUUGCCACCCAUAUACUCGGCAGCUCCUCACACUUGUGACAGACGCUGGCUUCCGGAGUCACGACGAAAUCGUGUGGGAAAGCCUGCGGGAUGUCAAUGGUGAAUUGAACCAAUUUCUUUCCGGUGAUUUCCGACUCGUAAGCGGCGAUGCGACAACUGGAUCCAGCACCGGAGCCGGCGAUCACAGAACAGACCAAGGCGGUGGCUCUUGGACGACCGUCACCAACAAGCGUGGCAAGACGAAAGAGACGACAAAUCAAGAGGAAGUAGGUCAGCCGAGUUCUACCACCGAACAAGAGGACAGAGACUUGGCUCUUGCCCUACAGCUGCAAGAGGAAGAGGAUCAGAGACACCGCGAGGAGCAAGCGCGUCGGCAGCGUGAGCGGGCGCUGUCGGAGCAGUACAUUGAGCAGGCUCAUCUGCCCAUACCUGUUAACCGCCCUGGAGGAGGUAAUGCCGGUGCCAACAACGCCGCAAGGCGCAACUCUGCAGCAACGGGUAGCGGCAGCCAACCUCCCAGCCUGCCGCGAAGGAGUUCCAACAGUGUCAGUACGAGCGCAAACAACGGCGCUAAUGCGGCCUCUGCCUCUGCCUCUGCCUCUGCCUCCCAACGGUCUCUGCCCAACUCGGGACCAGUGUCACAGCAAGUUCGUCCUCUUGUCCCGCCCCGGAGACCGGGUGUGAACAGGCCGGCUGAUCACUCGGACGAACCGCCGCCACCCUCGUACGAACAGGCUGCCCAGGUUCCCGCCUACCUCCCUCCUCCAGGGCAUCCCAACCACCACGAAAGCAGCCCGGCAAGCAGGCAGGUAUCUCGAUCGAGUGUAAGCACUGGUAGUGGGCCACCUGCUGCAGGCCGUGGCCGCCGACCCGGCGCUUCUGUUCCAGCAGGCAACCGAAGAGCAGCGGUGCCUCCUGCAACGAUUUCGAACAGAUCAGACCGAGACUGUGUAGUAAUGUGAUGUUGACGUGAUGAGAAUGAGCCAUUGAUGAAUGAGGUUAGGGUAUCAUGUCGGGACUGGCGUUUUUUAUUGAUGGGCAGGCGGGCAUUUUCUCUGCAGGCGUUGUUUUGGCCUUGACGAUGGCAUGAUGGACACUCUUUUUUUCUGUUUCUGUUUGACGCACAGUGUUUUAUCUUUACCAGGCAUUAUUAUGCUUAUUUAUGGCGAGACGUGUAGCAGCAAGACUUAUGUGUUUUCUCAAUACAUGGUGAAUGAAUCUCGUAUCAAGGAGACCAACGGAUGUGUCUCCUUAUGAGUGCCAGCUAUAAAUCUCCUUUCUGUCUAAUAACAAUAAUAAAAAAGAAUCCCCUGU